CCAACAUUGUGCGGUUAUGGUGACCGAGGAGCAGGAUUUAAAAAGGGAAUCUUUGGCUUCCGAGGAGCAGGAUCCGUUUGUCAUUCAGGAAUCGGAUUGCUGUGGCAAUGGCUGUACUAACUGCAUCCUCGAUAACAAACCGAAACCAAGUCGGCGCCUGCUGCUGGCCGGCAAGCGGAAUGUGAUCCUACCCUACACAAAGUUUCGUUUGAUUUGGCGGGAAAGCCAUCCAGCGAAUGAUACUGUGCUUUUUUUACACCUCCGUCAUGCGGUGAAUGAGGAGGACGAUGAAUCAGUGCUAGACAUUCCUCCCGGCCAUCAUGUGAUGCUCCGCGAUGGCUCCCUGCUGCGUCCCUACUCGCCCUAUUGGAGCGACUUUCUCGCCAAAGAGUUCCGCAUCCUGGUGAAGCUCCAAUCCGGCGGUGGUAUGUCCCAGAAACUGGCUUCUGUCCAGGUCAACGAUAUCUUGGAGUUCCGAGGGCCGAUAGGAAACUACCAGUACGAUGCCAGCGUUACCAAAUGCCUCUUUAUCAUCUGCCAGGGAGUGGCCAUUGCCCCCACGUUGCCUCUGGUGCGGCAGGUGCUCGAGAACGAGGACGACAUGAGUCGCAUCUGGCAUUUGGUUUGCUCCAGGGAUCUCCAGCAUGUAUAUUUCAGAGAGGAGCUCCUAGAAUUCGCUCGCAACUGGAACUACAAGAGCUGCUUGUAUCUACCACACCAACAAUGUGGAUCUUCCGCUUGCCAGGCGGCGGAUCAUUGCCUACCAGAGUGCCUGGAGCUGGCCAAGAGCCUGCGAUACAAGGAGGCAGCCAAGAUAUCGCGAUUGGACAUCUCGGAGCUCUCCAGCUUUGCAAACCAAAACAUUCCAGGAACUCGCGUGGCCAUCAUAGCGGGAGAUUCCAGAUUUCAAGAGAAUAUGAAAGAGAUGGCCACCAAAGCUUUGGAUCUGGAGCCAGCCAAUGUAUAUUUGUUGUAAAUAACAAGAGGUUUGUUUUGGGCCACGCCGCCUGGGCAUUUAUGAACGAGACAUCGUACUUCUCCGGCGGCUGAGCAGGAGGAGGACCCUGUGGCAU